AUGAACAAUUUAGUUGGAAGUAUUCAGAAGUAUAAAGUUUCAUAAAUGCAUUCAGAUCUUCCUUUCAUUCAGAAUAGAAAACAAAUUAGAGCUAUUUCUCUGCAAUAAAUCUUUGAUAAAGUGAAAUAAAAUUGCCAAUAAGUUGAGACAAAUAUCAAUAAUAACAAUAAUAUCGAUUAAAUUCAUACAAUUUCAUAAAAGAAUUUGAACUAUGACAUUCAUCCGUAAACUGAAAGAUAGGAUACUAAAUUAAGAUCUCAAUCAUUAACAAAUCGAUUAUAACGAUAAAAAGAUAGUGAAACAAUGCUUACUUAAAUGGAUUCAAAGAAAACAGCUAUUACUAAAUAAAUCACACAUGUCACAAGUAAUUCGGAAUCAAAACCCCCAAAAUAAGGAUUACAUCUAAAAAAAAUUGAAAUUAAUAAAUAGUUCAAUAAUGAAGUGAUAAAUUCUUUAUUGCAGAUGAAACUAAAUAAACAAUCUGAAAGUGAUUAAAAAUUUAAUAAUUUAAUACAGUCAACAAAUAAUUUAUUAAGCCAAGUAAGUGAAAGACCCAAUAUUAAUAAAAUACGCUAAGCAAAAAAGAAUGAUUUAGAUAAAAUCGGACAUGAUGGUUAAUUGCUAAGCUUUAAGUAAUUUGCCAAAUUACAAGGAUUUAAAUUACCUUCAUUUUUGCAAAUGUGA